AGUGAUAACUAAAGUUAAAUAUUCGAUCAAUAAUUAUGAAAAUGAUUGUUAAUUAUUGUCAUUAUGUCUAUUGAAAUGUUUUACAUUUUAAGUCGGACGUGAAGAAGUACGGCUUUUCAAAUUGGCUUUUUCAAUUAAACAAUAAUAUAUUAUUAUCAUGACUUUAAGUGUGUUACGGUACAGUUUAAACGCCAAAAUCAAACUGCCCUCAUUUUGUCGACACAAUCAUGUAAUCGGUAUCGGUCGAUACUGUGGACGCAAGCCGUCGGUAAGUUAUCCCAUACGAUGGACGACCACAAAAUCCAACGGCACCGUACCCAAGAAGUUGAUCUCGGAAUCGAAAAUCAUUCGCUUGUACGCUUUGGCCAAACCGGAGAAAAAUAAGCUUAUAUGUGCAGUCUGUCUGCUAUUGGUGUCUAGCGCCGUAACAAUGGCGAUUCCUUUUUCAUUCGGUCACAUUGUCGAUAUAAUAUACAAAUCUGACGCGACGGAAACUCAAUCGAAACUAGUGACAGUAUGUGCUAUACUACUUCCGGUAUUUUUACUCGGCGCUGCUUGCAAUUUCGGCAGAAUUUAUUUAAUGAACACUUCUGGAUAUCGGAUAACGAAAAGACUCAGAGAACUAAUGUUUAAAUCGCUUUUAUCGCAAGAAACUGCAUACUUUGAUCGACAUAAAACUGGAGAACUGAUCAAUCGAUUGUCCUCCGAUUGUUUGUUGGUCAGUCAGACCGUUACGACUAACAUAUCCGACGGGUUGCGUUCAACGAUAAUGGUCGUUUGUGGCGUAUCUUUUAUGCUUGCAGUUUCUUCAAAGCUGGCCUUACUCGGGUUGUCCAUAAUACCACCUGUGGCCGGCGUAGCCGUGAUUUAUGGACGAUUUGUACGAAAAAUUACAAAAUCUGUUCAGGAUUCGUUAGCCGAUUCCAAUCAAGUUGCUGAAGAAAAAAUAUCCAACAUCCGAACCGUUAAAGUGUUCAGCCGAGAAACCAAAGAAAUGUCUUGUUACAAAGAAAAAAUGAACAAAGUUUUAGGCCUUUCCAUAAAAGAAUCUUUAAUGAGAGGAUUAUUUUUUGCUAUGACAGGAUUUGCUGGCAAUUUCAUCAUCAUAACCGUGUUGUACAACGGCGGACUAAUGGUCAGCGAACAAAGUAUAACCGUCGGUCAGUUGACUUCCUUUUUGAUGUAUGCAGCGUACACCGGCGUUUCUAUUGGCGGCCUCUCGUCGUUUUACUCGGAUAUCAAUAAAGGAUUGGGUGCUUCGUCGAGAAUAUGGGAAAUCAUCGACCGCAAACCACUCAUACCCAUUUCCGGAGGACUGUCGCUAAAGAGUGAACCGAAAGGCGAUGUACAAUUCAAAAAUAUCGUAUUCAACUACCCAAAUCGGCCAGACGCAUCAAUUUUAAACGGCUUGAGUCUGCACGUCCCUUCUGGGAAAGUGUACGCGUUGGUCGGUCACAGCGGGACUGGGAAAAGUACGUUGGGUCAUUUGUUACUGCGUUUGUACGAUCCCUUGCGAGGCCAAAUUUGUAUCGACGGUAUCGACAUCAAAGCGCUCGACCCUAUUUGGUUACACGGCCACAUUGGAGUGGUCAGCCAAGAGCCGGUUUUGUUUUCUGGAACGGUCCGUGAAAACAUCAUGUACGGAAAAGACGACGCCACUGAAAGCGAAGUUAUCGAUGCGACCAAAGAAGCAAAUGCGUACGAUUUUAUAGUCAACAAUUUCACCGAGGGUUUCGACACGGUAGUGGGCGAACGUGGAAUACUGUUAUCGGGCGGCCAAAAGCAGAGAAUCGCAAUCGCUAGAGCUUUGUUGAAAAACCCCAAGAUUUUACUAUUGGACGAGGCGACGAGCGCAUUGGAUGCUGAAAGUGAAAAAUUAAUCCAAGAAGCUCUACAAAGGGUGUCAAAAGGAAGGACCGUGUUGACGAUCGCUCAUAGACUAUCGACGAUAAAAAAUGCGGACAAACUAGCCGUCUUACACAAUGGAAAAAUUGCCGAAUUGGAUACGUAUGACGCACUGAUGUCCAUUGAAGACGGCAUGUUCAAAAAACUUAACAAAAAUCAAGUUUUAAAACAAUGAAAGACGAGAGAUUAGCUUUUGUAUUAUAUUAUAUUAUUAAACAAUUGUAUAUGUAUGUCAAGUUGUUAUUGUUGUUGGUUUUAUAUGUCGGUAAGAACUUGUUUGUUUUUGAAUAAUAAAAUAUUUUAUUUUGAAAAUAA